GCUAACCACAGCUACAGCAGGCGAGUGGGUAUAUCUUCCUCAUCGGAAUGCACCAAAAAUCAGGAACCAUUUAGCAAGAUCUAAAAGCGAACGUGAAGAAACCAACUGGUUCUCACUAACUCGUAAACAGAUAUUGGAUACUGAGUCCCGCUUUAUCUAUCCUCUAGGUCACAUGCGCUUAAACGUUAUAGUGGCAAUUUCGGAAAAUUGGGGCAUUGGCAAAUGUGGAGGUUUGCCAUGGAGACUUAAAAAGGAUAUGGCGUUUUUCAAAAGAGUCACAAUGAUGGCGAAACCAGGACUCAAAAAUGCGGUUAUUAUGGGAAGAGCAACUUGGGAAUCUAUACCUCAAACAUUUAAACCCCUAAAAGACAGAAUAAACAUAGUCGUAUCAAGCACGCUACUAGAGCCACCACCCGGAGUUCAUGUUGUUUCAAGUCUUGAUGCAGCUGUGAACUUGUUGCGUAGUGAAGAACUCAGCUCAACAGUCGACGAAGUUUUUAUUAUUGGUGGGUCACGCCUUUACCAUGAAACUUUGAGCCAGACUACGUAUCCAAUUCGUAUAUAUUGUACUCAUGUACUGAAUGAAGUGGAUUGCGAUACUUACUUCCCACAGAUUGACUGGACAAAACUGACCAAGAUUCAAUUGGCUCAUCUCUGUUCAGUACAUAAUAUCAAGUACACAUAUCAAGCAAAUUACUAUAAUUCAUAUUCAGACGAUAUCGAGGUAUCCGCAUAGGAGCCCAUAUGCCAAUAGACGUCAACAAUUCGAUUCAACAAAACAACGGAGAACUACAAGCACAUUAAUAAAUAGUAAUAACAUCAAUACUGUUAGAUAACGUUUUCUGGUCAGCAGUUUUCUCAGCGCUGACUGUAGUUCUUGCCAUAAUUCUAAUUCGUGUAAGGUUAUAAUGAUAAACUUGUUCUGGGUAUUUGGUAUACGUCAGUUGACCAUUCUAUGUUUGUCUGUAGAACUAUAAAUUGAUUUCAUCGUAGUCAACCAUUGACUAAUGAACUACUUAGGUGAUGGCUAUUCAGCAUUAUCGAAAGCCAUACUUUCUUGUUUAGCGUUUCCCUUUUUUUUGUAACAACUAUGGCUGGUCUUCAAAAUUAAAGACACCACAUUUUUUAUUUUGCAAGAAGAUUAGAAUUACUUCCUAAUGUGUGCUUCUUAUAAGAACAUCUAAGUAUAAUACGUGGUACGAUCCCGCUAGAAAGAUAAAAGAUCCUCAAAAAAGGAAUAUUAAGGAAUGUAAAGGACAAGCGGAAAAGCAACAAAAGGACAUUUUAUCGCAGAAUUUGAAUCCAGAUGUUGUUUGCCUAUUACGCUCUGAAUGCAUACCGCGGUAUUGUAUCAGCACUCGUUUUAAUCCAAUAAAUAAACCUAUCAAUCUAAUUCCUACAAUGUGCAUCCAAUGAAUUAAGAGAUGUUCAUUGACUUGAAUAUUUGGUUUUCAACUAGUAGUUAUCGGGUUUGAACCAUGCCCCGCCCAAUUGACGCUGGAAAACCGGGUACUGCCACAAACCGUCGCACCUUAAGUAUCGCUCAG